GCUGUUUUCUUUGCAAAGGAAUGUCGCUGCUAGAUCUCUGUCGGGAUGGAGGUCUGACAGAUGUUUUGAGGAAAAGAUGCUGGGACUGCACGCUCCUAUCUUAAUAUAUACCCAGUGAAGCUGGUGAAGCUCAGUCAAGAUGUUCUCAGCGCUGAAGAAGCUGGUGGGCUCUGAGCCUGGCCAGCUCAAGGAGAAGAACAUUCCUGCUGGUCUGCAGUCCAUGAACCAGAGCUUGCAGAGACGCUUUGCCAAAGGGGUCCAGUAUAACAUGAAAAUAGUGAUUCGUGGAGACAGGAACACUGGAAAGAGUACUUUAUGGCAUCGACUGCAGGGCAAGAAGUUUGUGGAGGAGUAUAUACCCACUCAGGAGAUCCAAGCUACAAGCAUCCAUUGGAAUUACAAAACUACUGAUGAUGUGGUGAAGGUAGAGGUGUGGGACGUGGUGGACAAAGGCCAAAAAUAUCCUCUUCCUGAAGGUGUAGGCAAAGGAAAAAGGCGCGGUGACAAUUUGAAACUGGAGAAUGAGCCCCAAGAGUCAGAUGAGGUGGCCCUGGAUGCAGAAUUCCUGGAUGUGUACAAGAACUGCAAUGGAGUGAUCAUGAUGUUUGACAUCACCAAGCAGUGGACUUUUAAUUACAUCCUGAGGGAGCUGCCCAAAGUACCCACCCAUGUGCCGGUGUGUGUGUUGGGAAACUACAGGGACAUGGGCGAGCAUCGUGUCAUCCUCCCUGAUGAUAUAAGGGACCUAAUUGCUGGAUUGAACAGACCUAUGGGAUCAUCUUACAUCCACUAUGCCGAGUCCUCUAUGAAGAAUGGCUUUGGCUUGAAAUAUCUGCACAAGUUUUUCAACAUCCCAUUCCUACAGCUGCAGAGGGAGACCCUCCUGAGGCAGCUGGAGACCAACCAGUUGGACAUGGAUGCGACACUGGAGGAGCUCUGUGUCCAGCAGGAGACUGAAGAUCAGAACUAUGAGAUUUUCCUGGAGAACUUGGAGUCUCGCAGUAAGGGCUAUGGUUCCCCUGGUCCAGCCAACGGUCAGAGUCCCUCAUCAGGCUCUCAGUCCCCCAUUGUCCCUCCCAGUGGGGCCUCCACCGGCAGCUCCAGUCCCAGCACUCCACAGCCACCAAUCCCUUCCCAGCCACUCCCACAGUCACCAUCUGUGUCCACAACCUCUCCUCCGCCUCCCACAGCAGCAGCAGCUGGCGGGGCAGCUUCACCUGCUGCUGAGGUAAAAUCAUUGGCCCAGUCACCCGAACACCUUCAGUCACCAGCUGCAGGAGCGUCGGGCCCACAGAAACGCAGCUUCAUCUCCCGAUGGUUUGGCUCAUCCCCAGCCACCGAGGCUUCUGCCUCAGCACCAGAGGAGCCUCCUGUACCAGUGUGUCCUGCUAAGGUGCAGAGUGUGGAUGAUUUUGUGCCAGAUGAGAGACUGGACAAGAGUUUCUUGGAGGACAGCCUGCCCUCCAAGACCAAGGUGCCCCGACCUGCAGCAGCUCCCACUGUGGACAGUGACAGUGAUGGUGAGGAUAGAGGAAACCCCAUGGUGUCCAGUUUCCAGGAUGAGCUUGACCCUGAUGAUACUGAGCCAAGCCUUUCCAACUCUAAGGCCCUCCCCCCCAUUAAAGAUAUCACUCUGAGCAGUGACGAGGAGGAGGGAAUACCAACAGCGCUUGUAAUCUCACAGGAUCAAGACCUGGAAAGUAAACCUGAGCUCAAAGCGCCUAUAAUCACAAAACCAAAGGUGACAUCUAAAGCUCCGGAUCCCCAGGGCCAAACCACACCACCCAUCUCCCUCACUUUAACUCCCGCAGUAGAGCAGCCAGCCCGACACCAAGGCAAGAAGAAGGGAAGCACGCCCAAAGUGGAGGACUCUGACACAGACCCUGAGGCUCCUGUGGCUCAGCAAAUGCUCUCGUUUGUGAUGGAUGACCCUGACUUUGACUCUGAAGCAUCAGACACACCUAAAAUUGCAAAGGAUACAUUUCCAGUCAGGGAUGAGCUUCUGUCUGACCUCUCUGAUGAUGACAUGCAGUUAGCCAAGGUGCCAGAACCCCUAAAACCCACUGUGAUCACCUUCAAACCCAAGGACGACACUGACCUGUUUGGUCUCGGGAUCCAAGAAGAGCCUCCUGCAGCCAAGGAAAGCAGCGAGGAUCAGGAAGAGAAAGAAAGCAAGCACUCCUCCAAGGAAAAGAAGAAAAAGAAGAAGAAGAGCAAAGAGGAGGAUGAAAAGAGCAAGAAGAAACACAAACACAAGAAAAGGGAAAAGGAUGAAGCUGCAGUGCCCGAUGAGAAGGAGAAAAAGAAAAAAAAAUCCAGGACCAAGAAAACCGAAGUGGAUGAGCUGGAGGACUUUCUGGGCGGUGGGGCAGCAUCAAUCAAAAGAGAUGAUGGCGAUUAUGAAGAGCUAUAA